GGGCGCGGGCCGGGGCCGGGGCCGGGGCCGGGGCCGAGGCCGAGCCGGCAGCCGCCAUGCCGAAGGUGAAGGCGGGGAAGCGGCCGCGGCUGGAACGCCAGGAGAGCCGCGCCGCCGGCAUCCUCUUCAACACCGGCGCCGGGCAGCACAUCCUGAAGAACCCCCUCGUCGUCAACAGCAUCAUCGAGAAGGCAGCCCUACGACGCACAGAUGUCAUCCUGGAAGUGGGCCCAGGGACUGGGAACCUGACAGUAAAGAUGUUGGAGAAAGUAAAAAAAGUUAUUGCUUGUGAAAUUGACCCGAGACUUGUUGGUGAACUUCAGAAGAGAGUCCAGGGCACGCCUCUGGCAAACAAACUUGAAAUCAAGGUUGGCGAUAUCUUGAAGACAGACUUGCCGUUCUUUGAUGCAUGUGUGGCUAACCUGCCUUACCAGAUUUCUUCACCUUUUGUUUUCAAGCUGUUGCUUCAUAGACCUUUUUUCAGAUGUGCAGUACUCAUGUUUCAAAGGGAGUUUGCUCUUCGUUUGGUUGCAAAACCAGGAACUAAACUGUACUGCAGACUCUCCAUUAAUACUCAGUUAUUAGCUCGAGUGGAUCAUCUGAUGAAGGUUGGUAAGAACAACUUCAGGCCUCCUCCCAAAGUUGAAUCCAGUGUUGUCAGAAUAGAGCCAAAGAACCCACCACCACCUAUCAACUUCCAGGAGUGGGAUGGUCUGGUAAGGAUAGCUUUUGUUAGGAAAAACAAGACACUCUCCGCAGCAUUUAAGUCGAGUGCUGUAGAGCAGUUGCUGGAUCAUAAUUACCGAAUUCAUUGUUCCUUACAUAACACAGAAAUACCUGAAAACUUCAAAAUUGCAGAGAAAAUACAGACAGUCCUGAAAAACACAGGUUAUUCUGAAAAGCGAGCCCGUUCAAUGGAUAUAGAUGAUUUCAUUAGACUGCUGCAUGGCUUCAAUUCAGAAGGCAUCCACUUCUCAUAGAUUCUACCAGAAGAAUGAAAGAUGUAUUUUGUCACUGCAGUCUUACCGGAACUAGAGUGAUUGCAGUGGGACAAGCUCUUCUCACAAAAGCAACAAAGAGAACACGAUGCACACUCUUGGGAAAACCUUAUACGCAGUUUUAUCAUGGAGAGCAAGAAAGAAGCUCCUGCUCUGUGUUUUAAAAUCAGUAAAAUCUUAAAGGACUGAAGUGAGGUGCUGGGCUUCCAUGUGACAGGGGAUUUUUAAAAGUGACAUGGAUUGAUGCUGCCAUAAUUGAAAUCUCUGCUCUCUCCAGAUACUUCACUUCAGUGUACUCUUGCACAAUAUUCAACAGCACAUCAUCUAAGUCUGGUCUGGGCAACAAAACCAGAAUUGUGGUCAUUCCAUUUGUUUGGAGGGUUUUUGUUUGCUUUAAAGUGUAUUUAAACACCUCCUUUUGAUUUGAAAUGCCUGUCUCAUUUGUCAUCUAGUAGCAACACCCCUUCCACAUCUGCUAGUAAUCUGCGUCUCUUGGAGAAAUUCCAGUAACUGUUUCUCAGCAACAAAAGCAUUUAUCUUGUGGGCUUGGUAUUGUUUACAAAAACAUCACUGAGAUACCAAAAA